GGGAGUGAAGGAGGGAGGGAAAGGGACGGCCCCGCGGGAUGCGGGCGCUGAGGCGGCUGCAUGAAGCGGCCGUGGGGCUUCUGCUGCUGGGUAGGGGAACGGCGUUGUCAUCCCGUCCUGCCGCUUCGGAGGUGCUGAGCCAGCACUUGCGGCAGCGCGGCUUACCCUACUGGACCUCGUACUGCGUCAAGUACAGCGCUGUCCGCAACGACCAGUUCGGGCUCUCCCACUUCAACUGGCGGGUGAACGGCGCCAACUACCACAUCCUGCGCACCGGCUGCUUCCCCUUCAUCAAAUACCACUGCUCCCGCGCCGCCCCGCAGGACCUGGCGCUGCAGAACGCCGCAUUCACCGCCCUCAAGGUCCUCAACGCGGGCAUCCCAACUUUACUGUAUGGAAUUGGCUCCUGGUUCUUUGUCAGUGUCACAGAGACUGUUCAUACGAGUCAUGGCCCAGUUACUAUUUAUUUUCUAAAUAAAGAAGAUGAAGGAGCAAUGUACUGAAAUCAUGCCCUCCAGUACCUCUCACUUGGUGGGUUUCUGUGUUACAGCUGCUACAAAUAUCUACUCCCUUUGACUAAAAAGGGCUGAAGGCAACUGUUUGUUUUCCACAGUGCAUUCUUUUACUUAACACACUGUCUCCAGGAAGCUUGAUGGACUUGUUGGUCAAAAGAGAUUUAUUUUUGCAGAAGUCAGUUAAGUUGAAAAAGUAUAAGCCUUGGGAGACUUAAUAUUUGUAAGGGUAUUAGAAUUUACAGAAGUUGGUGACUAGUUCUGCUGAAAAACUUGUGAUAAUUUAAUGAGAGACACCUACCAACUUAGAGAACUGAAUUGUAGCAUGCAGGCAAGGAAAGCAGAUGUUUUUAGAAUGAAAAGAUGAAGCUGCUUAGGUUUAGACUCUGACUUGCUGUGUCACGAUGCAUUAAUUGUCACAGUUGCAAAGUGUGUGUGAAAUGAAUCCAUGGCACUGACCAUUCACAAGUGCCUUGAAGACUCUUUGGAAAAACACCACCCCAAGAAGUUAAAAGUGGCUGUAUCGUAUUUCUUCACUUGAUAUUUAAAUAAAACAUCUAAAUUAUGGC